AUGGCUGCAACUCUAUUAAGUUCAUUGCGAAGUAUUUUAUUGCAACUUUUCGAUAGUGGAGCAAUUAAAUUUGCCGAUCCUGGGCAAGAAUUUACUUUAAAAUCUGGAGCAAAGUCACCUGCAUACUUUAAUUUGCGAACGUUGAACAAUAAUGCGAAGUUAAGGGAAGAAGCAAGUGGACUAAUGUGGCAAGCUUGCCAAUUAGGUGACAACGCGACCUACGACUGUAUCUGUGGUGUACCGCUUGGAGCAAUUUGUUAUGCCGAUGCAAUUUCUCUUGCUCAUGAUCUACCAUUGGUGCUGAAGAGACCAUUUGCCAAACAACAUGGUGUUUCCAAGAAACUUGUUGAUAGUGAUUUACCAAAAGGAAGUAACUGUCUUGUUGUUGAAGAUGUUGUCACUAGCGGGACAAGUGUAAUAGAGACUGUGACGGCUUUAAGAGAUGCAGGAUUUGUUGUAACUCAUGCUGUUACAUUUAUUGAUCGCGAGCAAGGUGGUAAGGAAAGACUUGGAACAGAAUAUAAUGUCCAUUUGUCAAGUGUCUGUACAGGAUCACAGGUGUUAGACAUCCUUUACCAAAAUAAUAAAAUUUCCACAGAAUUAAAGGACUACGUUCAACAGUACCUUUCUGCAAAUAACAUGAUUGUUGCUAAAGAACCACCAGUGCAAGCUAAACAACUUAACUUUCAAGAGAGAGCGCUUUUAACCGCAAAUCCGGUCGCGAAGAAACUAUUGAACAUUAUGACGCAAAAGUCGACUAAUUUAAUCUUUUCUGCUGAUGUUGAUAGUCUGGAUACCUUACUCGAUUUGGCAUCUAUUGUUGGACCCCAUAUUUGUGCUAUCAAGACGCACAUAAAUACAUUUGCAGUUGAAAAUUUCAAACUUGACCUAAUUUAUAAAUUGCGUAAUGUAGCAGACGAGCAAAAUUUCUUGAUACUGGAAGACAGUAAAUUUGCUGAUAUCGGUAAUACAGUUUACAAGCAGUAUGUAGAUGGAUAUCACAUAUGUGAAUGGGCAGAUUUUGUAACUGCUCAUGCCGUUUCUGGCCCUGGUGUUAUUGAAGCUCUUGUGAAGGGUAGUGGCAAUCGAGAUAGAGCAUGCCUUUUAAUUGCUCAAAUGAGUUCCGAUGGAAACUUAGUUUCGGAAGCUUACACAAAUGGUGUUCUUAAGAUUGCCGAAGACCACAGCGGUUUUGUAGCUGGAUUUAUUUGUAGACAGAAGCUAUCUAGUAAACCUAAUUUUAUUCAUAUAACGCCAGGUGUUAAGCUUGCAGCUGGAAUGGGAACUCUUGGUCAGCAGUAUUUGACACCGGAUGAAGUCAUUAAGAAUAGGCAGAGUGAUGUUGUUAUUGUUGGUAGUGGAAUAUACCAAGCUGAAGAUCCACUUGCCGCAACUAUUGCUUACAAAGAGGCUGCCUUUGCUGCUUACAAUGAUCUAUUGUAG